GCCUCACGUGACUCUCUUGCCUCUACCUCCCUCUUUCUAGACGGAGUACAGCUCUGGCGGGGUGCGAACCAGGUGCCCCGCUGGCUUCUUGGCACUCCGCCACUCCUCCCUCGUGGCACUUCCUCGGGUAUGUCAUUCUCCGGCCUCAGUAAUGAAAGGUGUGGGUGGAUGACGAUCUUGAUCUUGGUCUGAGUCUUGGGCUUGGUCUGGGUAGUCUCAGCUCCGAUGUAAACAAUGCCGAGCCGGAGGGGAGGCCACCCUGUCACCAGCGAGUAACUUUGGUGUUUUUGUGUCUACUGUUCCAUAACUCAUCAUGAAGACCUACAUGUUGAGGGAGAAGGUGAAAGGCGUGGCUGUGGCGUCCAGAGUGGCGGUGCUAGUGCUGGAGAUGGUGUCCAAUUUAAUGCUGCCAGACCACCAGGCAGAUGCAUUCGUUUCGCCCGAGGACCCUGAGCUGCCCGUGUCGUUGGCAGACCAAGUGGUGAGGUGGGUGCUGGGGGGCUUUGUGCGCUGGGACGCUCAUUACUUCAUGCACAUCGCGCAGUACGGCUACACACAUGAGAACACCCUGGCCUUUUUCCCCCUCUUCCCUCUGCUGGUGCGUUGUGUGGCUGCCAUCAUUGGCCUGCCUUUGCUGUACUUCCUCAACUAUUACAGCGUCCUGCUCAUCUCUGCCAUUCUCAUCAACUUCGUCUUAUUUGUGCGGACUGCAGUUGUCUUCCACAAACUGAGCGAGCAUGUGCUGAGAGAUGAGACAUUGGCGUACCAUGCAGCUCUCCUCUUCUGCAUCAAUCCUGCCAGCGUGUUCUUUUCGGCUCCGUACUCAGAGGGGCUUUUUGCGUUCCUCACCUUCUCAGGACUGCUCUUCAAUGAGACACGCAGCUCCUCAUCCCUUGGCGCGGUGAUGUUUGGUCUGGCCUCUUCUGCGCGCUCCAAUGGCCUUGUCAAUGUGGGCUUUGUGCUCUACAGGAAACUUCAGGACUGCUCAAACUACUUCUACAGGAUCCGUAAUGCCACCACAGACUCUGGCCAGCUGUCUCUUGUCCUAGUGUUGCUCCUUACUGUCAACUACACUCUCAUCCCUCUCUUCCUGGGCUGCUUUGCUGUGAUGCUGCCCUUCACUGUCUUCCAGAUAUGGUGUUAUAUGACUUACUGCAAGGAAGAGGGAAAGGCGCCACCAUUGCCGCCACAUCUUGAAAUGUUUGUGCGAGCCAAUUUCCUGCACUCCCCUGACCUUGGUGAGGCUGAGUGGUGCUUCAACUUCCCUCCCCUGGCUUACUCCCAUGUGCAGGAUAAGUACUGGGAUGUGGGAUUUCUCCGCUAUUAUGAGUUUCGACAAGUCCCAAAUUUCAUGCUCGCCCUGCCAAUGGUCAUGAUGGUCAUUUGUCACGCUGCCUUAUACAUGGUGGACAACCCUCAGAUCUGCUGGGGCCUGGGCAUACCUAUACCAGCAAGUGAACACGGCACAGGGGACAAGGAUAAACAGCCCCUCCCCUGGCCUGAGAAAGGGAUCAACUCGUGGCGGGUGUUCAUCUACACAGCCCACUCCCUGUGUCUGUGUGCCUUCUGUGUGCUGUGUAUUCAUGUCCAGGUCACCACAAGACUGCUUUGCUCCAGCUGUCCUGUCGUGUACUGGUUUGCCGCCCACCUGCUGAGCGACACCAGCAAGCCUAAGGUUGGCAGGGAGAAACUCUCAAGCUCCCCUGAGACCCAGGCCAAUCUGAAUAAGAGGUAUAAAGUAGCACUGUUCUCAGAGUGCCCCAAGUCCUUCUGGGGUCAAGUGGUCCUGUCCUAUUUCAUUCUCUAUUUUGUAAUGGGUAUUGUACUGUACUCUAACUUCCUCCCCUGGACCUGAGGCUUUUUGGUGCUGUAGUUGUCACAUUCCACUUUGAAUAUCUCAGGAUUUUCUCACUAACACUGCUGUUACACCUAUGAUUUAGCCUUGUAGCUUGUGCCUCGGAAUCACGUCCAGCUGGGCAGCCGCAGCAUUUCCUCCCCAGUACACACUUGCUGGGUGGUGAAGGCCCAUAGUGCAAUGCGUGAUCUCAGAUCUAGUCGUACGAGUAGAUUAACCUAGUCUUAAGUCAACUUUACUAACUCAUUGUAGACUUGCAAAUGUUUUUAUAUUGUUACCAUGUUAUAAUGUAGACCUGUAUGUGUGUUAUCUGACACCAUCUUGGCUACACCACUGCUGUUUGUAUUAAGGAACAUAGUGUUGAUAUCUGAUACAAACGAAAUAUCUAGUAAGUUUAUUCGUAUGUGAUUUUACUGCAGUUGUUUAGUAAUCUGUACAGAGCACAAAUACUUGUUACAUUUUGUUCAUGAUUUGCUUGUCUGUUAAUCCUAUGAUAGUAUUGCAAGUGGUGAUCCGUGGAGUGUUGAGAGGAAAGUUGUGUAGUGUUAAGGUGAGAGGAAAGUCUUGUGUGGUGUUGAGAUGGAUUUGAAGUUGCUAGUCAAGAAAUUACUGAGGUGAGACAAGAUCGAGUGCUGGUGAUGUUGUUGGUGUGACAUGUUCCACCUCAUUGUACAUCUUUGGUGAAAUGGUCAGUGAAGAACUGCAUAGAGGAGUUGAGGAAAGAUUCUGUGUGGUGACUGGCUGCCGUCCUGCUGUGACUCCUUGUCCCUGCCCUGGCAUGGUGUAUCAUGAGUCUUGGUAACAAUGAGAACAUAUCACAGAACAUUGUUUAUCUUUUUAUUACCAGUCAUAAUAAAACUCCCUUGCCAAUAAAUGAAACAUGCGAUACUUUGUCAACAAUAAAUAAUUUGGUUUCACGAAGUACAGUUGUGAUUGCAGACAAAAAAAAGACUUGUGUAAUGUUAUUUAUCUACAAUAUAAAGUUUAUCUAACGAAA